GGAAGCGGGAGUCUGGCGCGGGCGGCGCCGACAGUGCGGGAGGGGGGAGCUCGGCCCCCGGCUCCUUCGGCACCGCGCCCCGCCCCUCGGAGGCCGGCCCCGCCGAGCCUCCACCGUCCGCCGCCCGCGCUGGACCCGGAGCUCGGAGCCGCGGUGGGGAGCAGGGACGGGGACGCGGCGGCGGCGGCGGCGGCAGGGUAAAACCUCCGUAGCUUCAGCUCACCAUGGGAGAGAUCAAAGUCUCCCCCGAUUAUAACUGGUUCCGAAGCACGGUCCCCCUGAAAAAGAUAAUCGUGGACGAUGACGACAGCAAGAUCUGGUCGCUGUACGACGCUGGCCCCAGGAACAUCCGCUGCCCACUCAUCUUCCUGCCCCCAGUCAGCGGCACCGCAGACGUUUUCUUCCGGCAGAUCUUGGCCCUGACGGCCUGGGGCUACCGGGUGAUCGCCCUGCAGUACCCAGUGUACUGGGACCACCUGGAGUUCUGCGACGGGUUCAGAAAGCUGCUCGACCACCUCCAGCUGGAUAAAGUUCAUCUGUUCGGAGCUUCCUUGGGAGGCUUCUUGGCCCAGAAAUUCGCAGAAUACACCCACAAGUCUCCCCGAGUCCACUCCCUGAUCCUCUGUAACUCCUUCAGUGACACCUCUAUCUUUAACCAGACCUGGACUGCAAACAGCUUUUGGCUGAUGCCAUCAUUUAUGCUUAAAAAAAUUGUCCUGGGAAACUUCUCAUCUGGCCCCGUGGACCCCUUGAUGGCCGACGCCAUUGACUUCAUGGUGGACAGGCUGGAGAGCUUGGGCCAGAGCGAACUGGCUUCCAGACUCACCCUCAACUGUCAGAAUUCUUAUGUGGAGCCUCACAAAAUCCGGGACGUUCCUGUGACCAUCAUGGACGUGUUUGACCAGAGCGCACUUUCGACCGAAGCCAAGGAAGAGAUGUACAAGCUGUACCCGAGCGCCCGGAGGGCCCACCUGAAAACGGGGGGCAACUUCCCUUACCUGUGCAGGAGCGCCGAGGUGAACCUCUAUGUGCAGAUCCAUUUGCUGCAAUUCCACGGAACCAAAUACGCCGCCAUUGACCCGUCGAUGGUCAACGCCGAGGAGCUGGAGGUGCAGAAGGGCAGCCUGGGCCUUGGCAAGGAGGAGCAGUAGCCCCCGGGCCGCCCCCACGCAUCCAGCAGGUUCCAGCGCCUUCCGGCGGUGAGGCCCCUACGUCCGACCGACGCCAGAGGCCUCAGCCCUCCUCUGCAGGUGGCCGGGUCGUCUGUGUCUGCAGGGACAUUACCUCCAUGAUGGAUGGCAGCUCUUCCAAGCUGGCGUGGCCACUGCCUCUACUUUUGUCCUGUAACUUUGCAGCUGGAAGGAGCCCUCCUCAAGACCCGAACAUUUGGCCAAGAGCCCUUCCCCACUUCCUCCAGGGCGUGUGGGCGUGUGAGGCUUGGGUUCUGUGGGGGGUUUCCGUUUCUUUCCUUCUCUUGUUUCCACAUCAACCGAGCUUCCAGGGUGUGGGGACAGCGGUCCCUUGGUGGGCCUCCUGUGCCACCUUGGUGCCACCUCCCCCACCCUCCUGUCAGCCACUUCUCAUUUCCCGUUCAGCAGACUGUUCAGCCAUUGUCUGUCUAGACACAACACGACAGUCGUUUGGAAUAAAAACUCAGUUUCAGCAA